CCAGCUCUGAGAGACCUAAGAGGUACAAUAGGCAGUUCCUCCCAAGGAGAUGUCGAUUCCAUUCUCCAGCACCCACUACCGAAUUCCACAAGGAUUUGGGAAUCUUCUUGAAGGGCUCACACGCGAGAUUCUGAGGGAGCAACCGGACAAUAUACCAGCUUUUGCAGCAGCAUAUUUUGAAAAUCUUCUAGAGAAAAGAGGGAAAACCAACUUUGAUCCAGCAGAAUGGGGGACUAAGGUAGAUGACCGCUUCUAUAACAACCAUGCAUUCAAGGAGCAAGAACCACUGGAGAAAUGUGAGCCUGGAAAAGAAAAGUCUCAGACAUCUAUGAAAGAGGUGACAGCCUUAAAUGAAUCUUCUGAAAAAGACAAGGACAUGGAGGAAAAUGCUGCUCUCAAAAUCCAAGCAGCCUUCCGGGGACACUUAGCCAGAGAGAAGGUAAAGAAAAUGAAAUCGAGUGAUCUUCAAGAAAAAACAGAGGAAAACGAGUGAGGAGACUGGCUUUACCCCCCAGAAAACACGAAAAAAUCCAAAUCCAUCAACCUUGUUGUGACUGUCUUAUUUUUUUUCUUAAUAAGUGAGAUUUGAGGUAGUGAAAUAACAUUUGUUGCUGUUGUGAAAAUCUGUCGCGAGCAUGUGUUUAAUAAACAUGCCAUUGAACGCAUGCCU